AUGCUCUACUGCUUUCACUCGGUCGCAGACGAAUUCGAAGAGGACGAGUUCUCUGGUAUGAUUGUAUCGGUGGAUCUAGACACUCGUAAAGUGUCUUGGAUAACACCAGCCGAUGAGCGGCUAAAGACAUUCUUUGAUGAUCCCGAUCACCCUGUACGUCUUGUACGAAUAAUUCACAGGAACAACAGAGUCUGGAUGACAACAGAGAAAGCACUCGACAAUUCGGCAAAAGUAUAUUUGAAGGAGGACAACAGGUGGCACGAGAUAUCACGGGAAAUCACCGACACCAUGGUACUGAUUGACGUACGGGAAAACGGUAAUGCUUUGGUUCUCAACGUCGAGAAACACCUCGAGGGCCAUUUCCGUGAGGAUGGCGUGUCAUUUGCAGUGAUGAGUCGACGCGGAGUUCCGUCUCUACAGUCGAUUGCAAGAAGUGCGGCUCUCAGAUAUGUGGAAAGUCUUCGUUUCGACAAGCAUAUGGCUAGAAUCAUUGGUUUCGAUCACUUCUAA